CUCAUUUCACAUUUCUUGUUUCAUCACUGUUAGACUUUUGAAUAGUACCGCUUUCAAACACACAUUUUAUAUACUCUUCUCCGUUAAGACUACCCAUCACAAUUAAUAUAAGUCCAUGUGUUUGAAUCUCUACCAAUAGCCCAUUUUCAGCACUUCUCCUUGUCUAUAUUAGUCCUUUUAAGUCUGUUGCUUUGAGCUAGUAGCUAGCUCAUAUUCAACUCCACUCAACCUCAAUGGCACUUGCCAAGGACCGGACCCCACAUGACUUGGGCAUGGGCUCCGUGCAACACUGUUCUUUGAUUUACGGAAAUGUGCUAGGAGGAUCAGCAGUUGAAGGGGUUUCAGAUCUUUCCUCGCCCGGGGUUUAUGGGCUCGAUGAUUAUCACAAGGCCGUGACUGAGGAGGGAGAUGAGUCGGAGAAGAGUAGUGCCGGGUUUGUCAAGCCGUAUGUCAUGAGCCAUGCUUCUUCCAUUUCUGGUGCCAGCAGUGCAAAUUGUAACGCAAUUCGGCCUACGAAUUAUCAACCCCAGGAAGCUCAUUCUGUGAUAACCUUCAAAACCAGGUAUGAGAAUUUCAUGCACAACAGUGGAUCUUUGCUUAGCUUUGAGCAAAAUGAGAGGGGUUCUCAGAUCACUUACACCAAGGUUUUCCAAGAAGAUGACUACUCUAAUUGGGAAGAUAGUUUGAAUUACGAUUGCCAAAAUCAACUCAACCCAAAGUUGAACUCCAACCCUCGGCUGUUGGAGGAUUUCAACUGUUUUCCGGCCAGCAGCUACGGCUCCAUGAGCGGUAACACCCCAAAAGAAAACCAACAUGGAGAAGAGUCCUUUGGGUGGAUAUACUCUGAAGCAACCGCAGUCACUGAUAGCAUUCAGGAGUCUGCAACAAAAGAAUCAUGCUUCCAUAAGCGCCUCCAUAUGGGAGAGACCAUGCAAGCUCUAAAAAGGCAGUGCACAGCUGCAACAAGGAAGUCCAAACCAAAGUCAAUUCCAUCCAAGGAUCCACAAAGCCUCGCAGCCAAGAAUCGACGAGAGCGGAUUAGCGAGCGGCUAAAGAUACUGCAAGAUCUGGUACCCAAUGGUUCCAAGGUUGAUUUGGUGACCAUGUUAGAGAAAGCCAUCAGUUAUGUCAAGUUCCUCCAAUUGCAAGUGAAGGUGCUGGCAACCGAUGAAUUUUGGCCAGUGCAAGGUGGAAAGGCUCCUGAUAUUUCUCAAGUGAAGGAAGCCAUUGAUGCCAUUCUGUCAUCCCAGAGAGACACAAAUUCAAGCUCAAAGUGAAGAAAAGAAGAAGAUGAAGAAGAAGAAGAAGAUUAAAAUAAUAUUGAUGGAUUAUUUUGUCUUUCUCCUGAAGAUCUUGUAAUGGAAUUUUGCAUUCUCAGUCACAAUGAGAACUGAGACUCUCACAACGUCCCACUUCCAUUUACAGAGAUUCUCCCCUUUUUUUCCCUUGUUUUUUUCCUUUCCUUUCCUUUCUAAUGUUAAUUUACUAAUUAAGAAUACGAAGGAAGGUCGUAUUCUUGUACCCAUUUUGACUUCUCCUGAAUUCAGUUCUGGGGUGUGGUUUAAUUCAUCGACUCCACUUAAA